AUGGGUGAAGGGCGAAGAGGACCGAAUGGGAAGAAGAAGGCUCGUGAGACGGCAGCGUCAAGGAUAGUGAGAAGAGCUACUACUGACAGUCAUCAAUUUUGUACCCGUACUGGUGCUUUGAAGCGUUUGGGUUUAGGUCUUGAAGAGUUUCGGGAAAUAUGCAUUCUGAAGGGUGUGUUUCCCAAGAUGCCUAAGCAGCCGGCUAAAGGUCGUGAGAGGAUAUAUUAUCAUCUUAAAGACAUUCGUUAUAUUGGCUCAGAUCCUGUGUUAAUGAAAUUACGUCAACAACGCUUGUUAGCGAAACGUUUCCAUAAAGCCAUCAGUAAGAAGGAUCGUACAUAUGCUAAGAACAUAAAGGAGGAGAUGUCCAUUAAUGUUAAUCUGACUAACAUCUUGAAGGAGCGUUAUCCUGCUUUAAUUGAUGCUUUACGGGACUUGGAUGAUGCACUAACACUUGUGUCUUUAUUCGCUGCGAUGCCUUCACGUAACCAAGAAAAGAUCAAGGGUGAGGAUUUGGUAGAGUGUCGUACUCUUAUUGACCAAUGGAUGUUAUUGACAUCUGAAUUGGGCUGCAUCAAUAAGGUGUUUGCUUCUAUUAAAGGUUAUUAUUAUGAAGCCGAAAUCCUAGGCCAGAAAAUCGUUUGGCAGAUGCCGCACGAAUUUUCAAAUUUCCAUGUUGAAGAUGUGGACUUCGGUGUAAUGGCAACUUUCCUACAACUGUACCGGUUUCUGUUAAAGUUUGUCAUGUUCAAACUCUACGCUAUGGCCGGCAUGGUCUACCCUCCUACCCCUAAGAUCGAGGGACGACGAGAAGGUCGUUUCUUGGGUCUGCAACCGGUGUUAAAUCAUGGUGCUUCUGCGCCCAAAUUUACAUUGGCAAAUGGCGCUACUAACCGCGAUGAAGACGAUGACGCUCCCGUCCAACUUGUUUCCACUGAACCAGACAGUGUGCGCCGUCGCCAGCUCUUCGCCAAACAAACUGUUUACGUCAGUCGAGAGACGCCGGUCUUCCACUUGGCCUAUGUGUUACGAGCUGCCGGCGUUAAGGUCGUCGGCUUCGACGAGGUCCAGCGCACACUCUCGCCCCUCGAUAUGACCGACGAUACUAUCACACACCAAGUUGUCGACCGUCCCACCAAUAGCUGGGCACGGCUUCAGAACCAAAUUGGUUCUGCCGCUGCUGCUACUCGCAACUUCGUCCAGCCCCAGUGGGUCCUUGACUCCUUCAACUCCAAUGCACUCCUGCCCAUGGCUCCCUACGCCAUCGGCGCCGUCUGCCCACCCCACCUCAGUCCCUUCGGCGACACCCUUGGACACAUCCCCCAACAACAAAAGACUCUCGAAAAAUGGUCCAAGGAAGCACACACUGGACACCCCGCCACCGUCGAUUCUGUUGAAACAAACCAACCGGACCAAUCCGACGAUGACGACGAACUCAUGAACAUACCGGCAGAGACACUCAGCGACGGUGAACCAACUAGCGCCUCCGACAACGACGCGCCGGGCUCCAGCGACCAAGAUGGAGUCAGCGACCAAGAUGGAGUCAGCGACCAAGAUGGAGUCAGCGACCAAGAUGGAGUCAGCGACCAAGAUGGA